CCUCGUCUUGCCCCACCCUGCAGGCCGUCAGCGAUUUCCCACAGUUGGAACCCUGCCUGCCUCCCCGGGGAAGCGCAGGAGGGUAGGCUGGCAAGGGAGGAGGACCUGGGCCUACUCUGGGAAGAGCACCCAGUUGCCCACACCUCCUGCCUGACCAAGGCCCACUGACAAUGAACAAGGGGGAGGAAGACGACGAUGAGGAAGCCUGGCUGCAGCUUCGGCCGGUGGAGCCCUUGCCCUCCCAGUGCUGCGGCAGUGGCUGCUCACCCUGCGUGUUUGACCUCUACCAGCGAGACCUAGCAAGUUGGGAGGCAGCCCGAGCCAGCAAGGACAGGAGCCUGCUGAGUGGAGAAGAGACACAGAGCUGUCCCUCCAAGCUGAGCCCAGAGACCUUCCUAGCCUUCUGCAUCAGUGCCACGGACAGACUCACUAAGGACACCUACCUUGUCCGGUUUGCAUUACCUGGGAACAGCCGGCUCGGCUUGCGGCCUGGCCAGCACCUCAUCCUACGAGGGAUAGUAGAUGGCUUAGAAAUUCAGAGAGCCUAUACGCCCAUCAGCCCUGCCAACGCAAAAGGAUACUUUGAAGUUUUAAUCAAGUGCUACCAGACAGGGCUGAUGUCCCAGUAUGUGGAGUCCUGGAAAGCAGGAGACACGGCUUUCUGGCGAGGACCUUUCGGAGGCUUCUUCUAUAAACCAAACCAGUAUGGUGAGCUCCUCAUGCUGGCUGCUGGUACUGGCCUGGCCCCCAUGGUGCCCAUCCUGCAGAGCAUCACAGACAACGCAGAGGAUGAGACCUUCAUCACCCUGGUGGGCUGCUUCAAGACCUUUGAGGGCAUCUACCUGAAAACCUUCCUCCGGGAGCAGGCUCGUUUCUGGAAUGUCCGCACCUUCUUUGUACUCAGCCAGGAGAACUCCCUAGAGCAGCUUCCCUGGAGUUACCGGGACAAGACCCACUUUGGCCGCCUGGGCCAGGACCUGAUUGAAGAGCUGGUCGGCUCCUGUCGGAGAAAGCCGUUUGCAUUGGUCUGCGGCUCAGCUGAGUUUACCAAGGACGUGGCCGGGUACUUGCUGAGCGCAGGCCUGGCCGAGGACUCCUACUUCCUCUUCUAGGCCUGGCCUCCCUUCUAAAGCUCAGGCCAGGGGCCUGGCACUGGGACGCAGGAAGGGACACGGACUGAAAUCCAAAGACAUGAAUGGAAGACUGCUGCUAACUCUCCAGGUGACCUGGGACAAAUGUCUUUACCUCUGCACACCUCCAUUUCUCAUCCACCCCACGCGGUUCCUAACUCCCUCAAACAGGCAUCCUACUGGGAGGAGGGAGAUGGAGCUGUAGGAACCUUGGGGAGGAGAGUAUUGGGACGGAAGUCAGGGAGGACUCCCUGGAGGGAGCCAGGUCCUGGCUGGGUAGGAGUUGGCAGGAGAAGGACUAGCAGGGGCUUUCCUGGUUCCUCAGCUUCAAGGGUUUGAGAGGGGCUCCCACUGGGCCCUGCCCUGUAAUGCCUGUGCCAAAGCCUGCUUUCCCUGGAGAUGUGUGUCUCUUGUGACCUCAGGGCUGGCUCAGGUGAGGUGCUCACUGGUUAGGGAAUGACCAUAGCGGAGGCUAGAGGAGGCACUUGCUGUAUGUACCUCCAGUGCCAGUGCCGUGAGCCUGACACAAUGAAGGUCGUGGGUUCUGCGACCUGAGCAUGUCUCAGAACAAGGUGGGGCCCUAGAUUACCUUUAUUUUGGCACCAGGUCUUUUGUGCUGCAAAAGGCUUCACUCUCAGUCUCCUUUUCCUGUCUCAAGAGCCCAGCCCAGAGUCCUUUCCCCAGCAAAAGAGCCAUGGAAGCAAAUGCCCCUCCCUCCUGCAGGCAGCCAGCUCAGCCUUGCCUUCAGCUGCAGCGCCCUGGUGAUGGUUGCCAUGGAGAUCUAAAGAUAGAGCAGGAGUCCGGAGACCUGGGUCCUUCUCCCUGCUCUGCCCACGGAGCUGCUGCUGUUUCUGAGGCACCUCCCUGCCUCCUCCAGACCCCACCCUCUCCAUCCUUCAUGGGGCAUGCCCUCCGCAGGGAACUUAGCAAUCCUGGACAGCACACCGCAGUUCACGAGUUCUGCUUUCUGUAGCCUGGGCUCCAGUAUGCUGCACCAGCUCAGGCUGGCUAUAGGCAGUCCCAGAGUUGGAAUAUUAAGCCGUGGAUAUAUAUCAGAAUCAAAGAACCAUAGAAUCGUAGAGUUGGAAUUUUGCAGUCAUAGAAUCACAGCCCUCAUCAUAUCAGAGGUUAAAGCUCAGGAGUCCAAAAAGCAUCCCAUCUACCAGACUCAUUGUAUCAAUGGGGAAACCAAGGCCCAGCUAGGCCACGUGACCUGCCCAAGGUAAAACAGCUCAUGGCAAGGCCAGUGUCAGAAGCCAGGUCUCUAAUGUCAGCCCUGUCCUCAGAGUUCUGUACCAGUGAUUUUUAAACUGGGCUCUGCAGGACACUACAGUUCCUGGCAUGACAGCAGUGAAGGAAUGGCCAGGUGGGAUCUCCAGGCCCCCUUCCGACCAGAACAGUUUUGUUUUUAUCCCAUUUAUAUCUUGGAGCUUGGAGUCAUUUUCAUUUGUGAAACAAGGUUUUCCUGCACUGCCCAAAAAGUUGCAACAAAUCUCCUUGCUGUGCCAUGUUCAAUAAAUAAUUAUGGCAAGCAGUUGGGGGAUGGUGCCAAAGGUUUGAAACCAAGUUUCACAGACAGAAUUCCAUGGUCAAAUAGAUGUGGGGAAUACUGCAUGUGACCUUCACCAGGAAUCACGUGCACACGAGCAUAUUAAAGGCUCUGAAAAGUCCAGUGGUGAAGAAACGUUUUCCAUUUUGUUUAACCCAGAGUUUCCUAAGCUUAUUUAAUUAGAGAACACUUUGAGACCAGCAUUCCAUGGACUACUUCAGGAGAUGCUGGUCUGCUGCAAAGCCUCUUUGCAGCAUAGCAUAAUCAGUGGGGAGGCCCUUCCCUGAGAGGCGGAGGUCCCGAGCAGGAACUGUGAUCUCAUUCGGCCUCUCCUGUGACUUGAGCAAGGCACUUUCUUUCUCAGGGCCUCUGGAUCUACGCAUCUUCCUCCACCCUUUCUCCUCCCUCAGUACGUCCUAUUGAUUAUACUCACAAAUACUCCUGGAGGGCCUCUUAGGAGCCAGACUCUUAGGCACUGAGGGAAGAACAAUGAACAAGGUGGGUGCGGUUCUGGGAAGCUCCAUUGGGGAGCUUAUAGUCCGACAAGGAAGGCAGAAAUUAAAGUUGUAAUUCUAAAGGGAUGAGUGUGCUAAAAAGGGAAGUAUGGAGCGCUAGGAGAAUGGAUGGCAAUGCUCUAGCCUGGCCUAGGGGAGGCCAGGACGCACCGCUGCACUGAGGGUAGAGGCCUCUCACUCAUAGUUAGGCGUGGUAGGUGGUCCCCACUUAGGGAGUGAGGGGUCUGGGGCAGUGCUUGUAUGUCUGUCUUUUCCCAUUUUAGAUAUUUGAUGUUUAGCUAUUACUAUCCAGUGGUAACCAACAGCCCCUCUUACCCUAGAAUGUGUCACCCUCCCCUUCCCCUCACUCCGUGUGGGAUCUGUGUGGUCUAGAUGCUGGUGGGGUUCCGUAUGGGACAUUGGUGAAGACCCAGCCACGCCCUGGGUGCCAAGAUGCCAAAGGGCUCAUACCAUCCGGAAACUUGAGAACUCAUGGCUGGGUCCUGUGCCUCGAAAGAUGAUAAGUGAGUCCAAGAAGGGGACUAGGUGGAGUGUGUGAGCAUGAACCUCUUUGAAUCAGGGUGAGGUUCCCAGCUCAGGGUGAGCUGGCCCAUUCCUCCCAUCUCUCCUGGUGAUGCUGUCAGGGUGUUGGUGGCAAAAUCAAUGGCUGCCUUGGUUCCGCCCUCAUCAUGUUUUGCCUGCAGCAUUCCCAUCCUCAGCCUCCAACCUCCGGCCUCUCCCCUACACCCCCUUUCACACUGUGUCCAGACCCAUUUUUUUAAAUUGUAGUGGUAACACUGUAUUGGCCAAAAAGUUCAUACGGGUUUUUCCGUAAGAUGUUAUGGAAAACCCGGAACGAACUUUGUGGCCAACCCAAUACUUAACAUGAGAUCUAAGUGUAGGAUAGUUGUUGAGUGUGAGUCCAGUGUUGCAGCUCUCCAGAGCUUAUUCAGACUGCUUCUUCUAACACGCAGAUCUGAGCCUAUCACUCCCUUGCUUCAAUCCUUCAGUGGCUCCCUGCUGCCCACAGGGUACAGCAUCGUGGCUCUGCUUACCUCUCCAGGCUCAUUUUGUCUUACUACCCCUCCCCUCAACUCAUGUUCCAAGCACGUUCUCGUGCGUCCUUCAGUCCCUUCACAUCUGCUGCUCCAUCUGCCUGGGCCAGCCUUCCACCCUCCCAUCUUCCACUCGCCUAAGCCUCCCUGUCUCUAGAGGACUUAGCUUAGUGUCAUUGCCUCUCGGAAGCCUUGCCUGCCUCUAUACUCCAGGCUAGGUUACUGAGCAGAGUCUUGCGUGUUCUUCUGUUGCUGCACCCAUCAAGCCGUCUCUUAUGCAUGUGAGCGCAUCAGGGGUCGCCCCUGUUCAUUGUGUCCCCAGCGUGGAAGGGUGCUCAAUACAUCCUGGAUGUCAAACACCUGAAUGAUAAACAGCUAACAUUUCAUGGAGUCCUUUACAGGUUGAAAAAGGCUUUUCACCUACAUUGAAGCAUGCAGUUGUCACCAAAAUGCAUGCUAUUUUAUUACCCCAAUUUACUGAUGAGGAAACUAAGCUUCUGAGACAUUAAACAAUUCUCCAAGGUCACGCAGGGGUACAUGCUGCAAUUGUUAUAAAGGCUGUAUGUGACACGAGGGUGCACCAGGAGACGUGUUUAAAGACUGUCACUGCUGUACUGUUUGAAACUGCAAAGAAUGGAAACUAACUAUAUGUUCAUCGGUAAGAAAAUGGAGAAAUGCACUGUUCUAUGUAGUCUCACAGUGGAAUACCAUACAACAGUUAAAGUAAGUAAACUAGAUUUACAUGUAUCAACAUAGACUAAAUCCUAAAAACAUAAUGAUUGAGUGAAAAGCAAAUUGUAAAAGGAAAGGCACAGUAAGAUAGCCAUAUUUGGAAAGUUUAAAAACACAAAAUAAUACCAAAUGCUCAGGAAGGAGAUUGACCAACUUCAAGGAUAGUGGUGACCUCUGACCGAGAGAAGGGAGGGGGAUGGGACGGGAUGAGGGCUUUUAUCUGUGUCACUUUACUGUAUAAAUAUUUGAACUGAAUACAGCAGAGUACGAUCAUCUGGUAAAUCUGGGUGAUGGGUUCACCGUUGUCUGCUUAUUAAUGUUCUAUCUUAGUCUGUGUUUGAAAUAGUUCCAUAAUUAGAGAUUUGUUAAAAUAAGAUUAAAUAUUCCUGGUCAAAGUACUUCAGAAACUAGAGGCUUAAAAACAUUCAUUCCUUCUCUCCCACCUCAGGAUAGGCUGUGCCCUUUUAUGCCUCCAAGCUUUUCAGUCUUUCAUUUGAAACUAUGGUGAGUACCUACCAUGUGCCCUGAUUAGUCACAACAGUCAAUGGUAUAAACCGUGCCCUGCACGCAUAGCUACAUGCUGUUCCCUCUGCUUGUCCCUCUUCUUUUCCUCGUAAACUCAAACCAGAGUGACUUUCCAGACACCACAGUUUUGUUUUUUUUG